CUAACAUAAUUUUGAUAUUACCCAGCCAGGUUAAGCCCUUUUCAUGAUUAAGGAGAGGAUGUGGUAACCAGAUUACUAAAUCUGAAAGUUGCAUUGUGACAUUUGAAAUCAGUCAUGUCAAUCAGGCGUGGGCGACAACUACAGGAGGAUGACAAAUUGCCGGUUCUGGGUGAAGAUGAAUAUGGAAAUGCUAGUGGUUACUACAAUAACAACCAUGUCCGUAACGUUCCUGUUGGAUCACGUGCCUUUUCCUCUGGCAGUAGACCAGGCUCCAGCAGCCGACGCACACCCACGCCAACUAAACAGAUUGCAUUGCAAGCUGUGAGGAGGAAAGAUGAUGGUGUAAAGGAAUCAUUCGAUGAUGUGGAUUUGGCAGAAUUGAAUUCUACAUUGAAACUUGAAUCAGAGAGGUCUUUUCUCGAGAGAGAUAAUUCCAGUACAGAUCUUAAGAAAGGAGAUCGGGUGUCAGGUUUCAAGGUCAAGUUACCGAAUGGUUAUGGGGCCAGACCUAAGGAGUCUGAUGGUACAGAGGAAAUUGAAAAAAAAGAAUCUGUGCCUAACAGUAUAUCAAAACAGAAAACUACAGACAGCAAGCCCAAAACUACUGAGGUGUCUAGUAAAACAGAAGAUUCCAGUGAUGAGGACGAAGAUGAGGAUGAGGAUAAUCCAGCUAGCUGGCAAGAAGGCAGUGAAAAGACAGCUCCAAUGCAACUAAUGAUGGAGUUUAUCGGAUGUCUUAUGCAAGGCGACUAUCCCAAUGCAGCCAAACUGUGUAAAAUGAUUUUGAUGUACGAGCCUGACAAUGCAGAAGCCUUGAAGUUUCAGCCUUUGAUAAAUGAGAAAAUUGAACUGGAUGCACAGCCGGAUGAUGACUCAGGGAGUGGUGAAUCAGGGACAGAGGAUGACGAUGAGGAAGAUGAAGGCAACUCAGAUGAUUCAGAUUCAGAUGACUCUGAUGAUUCAGAUGAAAGUGAUGACAGUUCCCAAAGUGAAGCAGAAGACGAUGCAGAAAAGAUUGACUCUGGAAUAUCUUCAGGUCUCUCAGGAUCAAAUUCAAAUUCUGAGAUGGAAUGAUGCGACUCCUUAAUCCUUCAAGCACAAUAACAUAGACAUUGAUAUUUGAUCAGAUUGAUGUAGAUAAGAAAACUUCAAGGAAAAAGUUAAUGUUUAUUUACAAACCCAUGUUGGUCCAUAGACUCUACUUUAUGCUAUUUUCUUAAAUAAAUAAAUUGUUUCAGCUGAUCAGUAAUG